AUGGCAGUUAGUCAAUUCUCAAACCCUGUCUCGCUAGCAAGACGUGUGAUGGAAGAGACACCACAUUGUGCUCUCAACAUCGAAGGCUGCCUUGCUUUUGCAAAGAAAAUUGGAUACCCCAUUUUAAAAGAUCCAAUGGAGCUUGUAACGGAGCAGGCGAAGAUGAAAGGGAAUGCAUUCAAUAAAUAUAAUAAUGCUGUUCAUUCACACAUCGAGGGGAGGUCUACGGAGGAAUACCACGACACUGUAGGUGCUGUUGCUAUGGAUGCCACUGGCUGUAUUGCAUGUGCUACAUCAACAGGUAAUAAGCGUAGGUUUCUGUUGUGUUGAAUUACAUUGGAUUCAUCGCUGAUGUAAAAGGGUCAAGAUAAUGAUCUCUGCAAUCAAUAAACUUGAGAUUGAUUUGCUUACAGCACACAAAAGACAAAAAAGGUUCACAUCAGGUUAGGACAGCUACAACUAUGUGGAAAUCAGACCAUACGAUGCUCUUAGUAACCUUAUUUGUCUUUACCAGUGGCAAAAUCUUCUCUGCGGUCCCUGUGACGUCAUAAUUUGACAUCAUAAUUUGAAAUGAUGGCUGAAGACGUCAUGAACUUGAGAUCUCACUUGCGAUUAAUUAUUGUGCGUUUGCACAUGACGUCAUUACGUCUCAUUGUGCGCCAUCUUGGUUGAUUCCAAAGUGUUCUUCCGACCUUUCAGUGGAGAAGUUGAGUUCAUUUACUAUUUCCUCGUUCUACAAAUAGUUAACGAUAUUAUACAUAGUCGUACGGCGUAUGGCUGGAUACGGUCAGCAAUAAAGAAUAUGGACAGAGUCUGAAAUUUACAAUUUUUAUCAGAUCCCCACUGAGAUACCAGGAUUCAAAGUUCUACUACUGUAUACUGCUUACCAUAAAUUUUGGCAUCCCUGAACCAUGAAAGUAUAGGUAUAUAGUAUACGUCUCUCAUUGGUAUAAAUUACAAUAACAACAGGAGACUCAACAUUCAACAACUAGACAACCAAGUUGGAAAUCAAAAGCAGGCUGGCUGUUUUCAAGAAGGCAGACUCGUAGUAUCCAAGCUAUAGGGAGAUCCCUGGAGACGUUUAGCAUCAUCCUAAUUUUUGAAAUUUUGUAAUAUCCAGUCAGAAUACAAGUCAUUCGCAGUUUGGUAUCCAAAACCAAAUUUUAGCAUCCUGUGCAUAUCAGGAUACUGCAAAUUUCAGACCCUGUAAUAUUAAUAGAGUUAAUUUGUAUUUUGAAAAUCAACCAAGAUGGCAUCGAUUACAGAGUACCAAUUCGGGAUUCCCCCCCUUAUUACGUUUUCGUAGCGCUUUGCAUUGUGGUUAUAGUGGUAUCACUGAUAAAGAUAGCGGCCUCGAAUGAAAAUAUUGAAUGUUUUCGCGAAUAUUUUGCUGUUGGCUAUCGCGCACCUGACCCUGUAUAGCUUUUUUUAAAAGUUCUUGAGUCAGGACAAAAAGUAAGCCAUCUUGAAUAUCAGUGAUACCACUAUAACCACAAUGCAAAGCGCUACGAAAACGUAAUAAGGGAGAUCGAGUAUUAACCCGCAUGCAACACACACAUAACCACGCAUAUAAAAUACAAUUCGCAAUUGCUACACGCGCACAUACCCAACAUACUGUACAUACUUGGUAAAUUUUGCUGCUAUAUUUCUAGGGGGUAUACCCGCCAAGAUGCAAGGACGUAUCGGUGACACCCCAUUGAUUGGCUGCGGAGGUUAUGCAAAUGAAUACGGUGGAUGUUCCACGACUGGUCACGGAGAAUCUUUAAUGAAAAUAACUCUGGCUAGAGAAGCUGUGUAUAACAUUGAGAAGGGAAAUAAUGCGCAG